AUGGGCGCCAAUGGCCAGGCAGUGCAGACGAUGAACAAGAAGAAGGUGAAACUCCUCCAAAAGAAACGUGCGAAGAUCCGCAACCAGAAAAAGGUGGGAUUGCUGCAGAAGGGUAAGCACACGGUCUUGCGCAAACACCGGCAGUCCAAGAAAAAAGAGCAGAAGGAUGCCAAGCGCCACCGCAUCUACGUGGAGGGUGAGAAGAAAAAGUUGAUCGAGAGUGGGUUGAUCACCACCGAAGAUAUUGCGAAGAUGGAGGCGGAAACAGGCCAAGACGAGACCAGCAGCGAGGUCGCCGCCAUGGAUGUGGAGGAGGAAGAGUAG